GGCUGGCUGUCUGUCUCCUUCCUCCCGUUCUUCCCUUCGCUCCCCGUCGUGCUGUUCAACGUUCAAACCCUUCCACCUCCUCCCAAGGUCGCGCCGUCGCCAUUGACGAACCCCUCCACGCUCCCCCUCCCUUAAAUCCCUACUCUCACCGCAUCGCCCUCCAUCCCCAUCGACGCCUCAUUCGCUCGAGCCUCACCGCAUCCAAAGCCAACUCGGGAGAUCUCCAAGAAGCCAUCUUGGAAUCCAAGAACCCAAGAAUCUGAAUCAGAGUCAGCCAAGAUUCGAAUUCCGAGCGACAAGCUCUCCGGACGAAGUCGGAGAAUUUCCGCGGAGAGCGCGUGGAGGCGUCUCGGGAACCAGAGGAGGAGAUUCCGGAGGGGAUUAGGGAGGGGGCAAGAUGGUGAGGCUGCCGUACACAACGGCGCUGACCACUCUGUUCAGCUACGGGCUGCUCUUUGCCUUCGGCCAGCUCAGGGAUUUCUUCCGCAAGCUCGUCGACUGGUUCAAGGCCAAGAACGUCAAGGGGUACGCGCCGAUCUGUCUGGGCCUGGAGGAUUUCUAUGUGCGCCGCCUGUACCUUCGGAUCCAGGAUUGCUUUGGUAGGCCGAUUGCAAGCGCACCAGAUUCCUGGUUUGAUGUUGUUGAGCGCACCUCAAACGACAAUAACAAGACACUGCAGCGUACCUCAAAUACCACUAGAUGCCUCAAUUUGGGAUCCUACAACUACCUUGGAUUUGCUGCAGCAGAUGAGUACUGCACCCCGCGUGUUAUUCAGUCUCUCAAGAAAUACUCCGCAAGCACCUGCAGUGUUCGUGUUGAUGGCGGCACGACAAAACUUCACACUGAGCUGGAGGAAUUGGCCGCACGUUUUGUUGGAAAGCCUGCUGCCAUCCUAUUUGGCAUGGGUUAUGUUACAAACUCUGCCAUCAUUCCCUGCCUAAUUGGAAAGGGUGGGCUGAUAAUUAGUGAUUCUCUGAACCAUAACUCAAUUGUCAAUGGAGCAAGAGGAUCUGGCGCAACUGUCAGGGUUUUCCAGCAUAACUCCCCUGCUCAUUUGGAAGAGGUCCUGAGAGAGCAGAUAGCUGGUGGUCAGCCACGGACACACAGACCAUGGAAGAAGAUCAUUGUCAUUGUUGAGGGUAUCUAUAGCAUGGAAGGGGAAUUGUGUAAACUCCCUGAGAUUAUAGCUGUCUGCAAAAAAUACAAGGCUUACACAUAUCUGGAUGAGGCUCAUAGCAUUGGUGCCGUUGGGCAGUCUGGCCGGGGCGUUUGUGAACUCCUUGGGGUUGACCCAGCUGAUGUAGAUAUAAUGAUGGGUACUUUCACCAAGUCUUUUGGAUCAUGUGGUGGAUACAUUGCCGCAUCAAAGGAGAUAAUUCAGCACCUGAAGCAUAGUUGCCCGGCCCAUCUGUAUGCUACUUCCAUGUCACCACCAGCAGUGCAACAAGUUAUCUCUGCUAUUAAAGUUAUCCUUGGGGAGGAUGGCUCCAAUAGAGGUGCCCAAAAACUUGCACGCAUCCGUGAGAAUAGUAAUUUCUUCAGGUCAGAGCUCAAGAAGAUGGGUUUUGAGGUUCUUGGUGACAAUGACUCUCCUGUCAUGCCCAUAAUGCUUUACAAUCCGGCUAAGAUUCCUGCAUUUUCUAGGGAGUGCCUUAGACAAAAGGUUGCUGUUGUUACCGUGGCAUUCCCUGCGACACCUCUUCUUCUUGCAAGAGCACGAAUCUGCAUUUCUGCUUCACACACUAGGGAGGACCUGAUGAAAGCCCUUGACGUUAUCAGCAGAGUUGGUGAUCUUGUUGGCAUCAAAUACUUCCCUGCGGAACCACCAAAGAUUGCUGAAGUUGGUCAUGAUAAGCUGGAGUAGGAACAAACCCUGAGUUACCCAUGAAUGAUUGAAGUUGUUAGAAUCCCUUGGGAAAUUAUCAACAAAUCGUUACGGAAACAAGCACAUAUUGAGCAGUUUCAUUGGGAUUUUGUCGAUAUGCGAGUCCAGGAUCUGUCGCAUUAGCUGACUAUUGUUUGUUGAUUGUACAAUUAUCCUUCCAAAUGUGUAUAGCUGGUCAAGUUCAAUUGUUCUGUUAUUAAUCCAUUAUCGAUAUGUAAUACAAUUAGAUGCAAUAUAAACUUUCAGUAGAACAUCCCUAAGAUUUUCUGCUGCGGGACCACUGACAACUAUGAAUGCCUUUUGCUUCCAUGCAUUUUGCAUAUUCACGUUAUAUGUGACCAAGAAUAUGUCUCUUAGAUAUGAAGUUAUGAAAGAUUUUACUUUUCUUCAGUAA